AUGAGACGGCCAGCGGGACAGCACGCUGCUACAGGCUACAGAAAACCUCUGCCAACGGGGUACAAAGGAAGCAGCGCCAAAGCCCUCGGGACGCGUUCUGGAAGGUCUCACUCUGCUGCCGGGACGGUGCCGGCGAAUUUCCCUGCAGGAAGAGCUCCGGGGGCGGGAGCCAAGCGGCGAGUUCGGACCGCAGGAGCGUCCGGGGCUGCGGACACCGCCGGGCACACGGGACCGGGCACACCGGGCACACGGGACCCGGCCACACGGGACCCGGCCACACCGGGCACACGGGACCCGGCCACACGGGACCCGGCCACACCGGGCACACGGGACCCGGCCACACCGGGCACACGGGACCCGGCCACACCGGGCACACGGGACCCGGCCACACCGGCCACACGGGACCCGGCCACACGGGACCCGGCCACACCGGGCACACGGGACCCGGCCACACCGGGCACACGGGACCCGGCCACACCGGGCACACGGGACCCGGCCACACCGGGCACACGGGACCCGGCCACACCGGGCACACGGGACCGGGCACACCGGGCACAGCGGGCACACGGGACCCGGCCACACCGGGCACACGGGACCGGGCACACCGGGCACAGCGGGCACACGGGACCCGGCCACACCGGGCACACGGGACCCGGCCACACCGGGCACACGGGACCCGGCCACACCGGGCACACGGGACCCGGCCACACCGGGCACACGGGACCCGGCCACACCGGGCACACGGGACCCGGCCACAGCGGGCACACGGGACCCGGCCACAGCGGGCACACGGGACCCGGCCACAGCGGGCACACGGGACCCGGCCACACGGGACCCGGCCACACCGGGCACACGGGACCCGGCCACACCGGGCACACCGGGUCCCUCCCCGCCCGGAUCCCGACACCGCCGGGAGGGCUCGGGAGGUUUCCCGGCCGUCCAGCCCGGCGCGGCUCCCGCGGGGGAAACCCGGCAGCGCGGAGAGGACGGGCCGGGGCAGCCCCGUCCCGGCCCCGUCCCGCCCGCCAGCGCCGCUCCCUCCCUCCGCCCCCGCGGCCACCUCGGGAUUGUGCGUUUGGAAUGAACGCACGCUGGCACGGCAGCUCGGUGUCCCCAGCCACACCGAGUGACGCGUUUCGGAGCCCGCUGUCCCUCCCCGUGCCCGGCUGGAGGAUGGCGGCCACAUGCACAGGAUUUGACGGGAAUGGGUGCGAGCAGCUCCGGCACUUUGCUGUUUGCUGCCGCCUCUGCGGCGGGGUUUGA